AUGAGUGUUAGUGAAUUUUUCAAGAAACUGAAAGGUAUUGCUGAGAUUCUGUCGGGUAGUGGUCAAGUCAUAAGUGAUGAAGAUCUACUUCAAUAUGAGCUAGAUGACCUAGGUCCAAAAUUUGAUGUUGUCGUAGUCAACCUAACAUCAAGAAUUGAGUCUAAAUUUGACUCAGUUUCUCCACAAGAAGCUCAAUUUUUGCUUCAAAAAUAUGAGAUGCGACUUGAGAAAUUCAAUAGUAUUGAUUUUGCAAAUAGCUCAGUGCAUAUGGUUUCUCUCAACAAUCCUUAUGUUACACCAUUGCCUUCUACUGGUCUAAGGGGAUCACUAAGCUCUAAUGAUUAUCAUGUUGAUGGUUCAUUACACAAGUAUAAGGCUAGGUUAGUAGCAAAAGGGUUUCAGCAAACCCUUGGUUUAGACUAUUUUGAGACCUUCAGCCAAGUUGUCAAACCUUCCACCAUUAGAAUCAUCUUUACUCUUACUGUUUCCAAAGGUUGGGAUAUCCAACAAGUUGAUGUGAACAAUGUCUUCCUCAAUGGCAUCUUGAGUGAAAUAGUUUACAUGAGCCAACCUAUUGGGUUUGAGCAUCCUCAACUUUCUUCUCAUGUGUGUAAACUUGAUAAGGCCUUGUAUGGUCUCAAACAUGCAUCAAGAGCUUGGUUUGACAAACUCAAGCAAGCCUUGUUGAAUAGAGAAUUCCAAAAUUUAGUUUCAGAUUCCAACCUCUUUAUUCUUAAGGAUACAACUCAAGUUCUCUAUAUUCUCAUCUAUGCAGAUGAUAUCCUCAUUACUAGAUCAGACAAUGCCUCUAUUUUACAACUUGUAGUAAAUCUAAACAAUGAAUUUUCAUUAAAAACACUUGGAUCUAUUAAUAACUUUCUUGGUUUGGAAGCCACUAGAAAUGCAGAAGGUAUUCACUUGAAGCAGACUAAGUAUAUUGGCGAUUUGCUAUCUAAAACAAAGAUGCAAGAUACUCAUGUUUGUCCAAAUCUCAAGGCUACUGGCACUGAACUUUUCUCCUCUUAUAGUGAGUUGUUUAAAGACCCUAGUCUGUAUAGGAGUAUCAUCGAGGCUCUACAAUACUUGACUUUGAUAAGACCAGAUAUAAGCUUCACAAUGAAUAAGCCUAGUCAAUUUCUUCAAGCUCCAACUAAGCUUCAAUGGCAGGCUUGCAAAAGGGUAUUACUAUAUAUUAAAGGAACUCAAUUCCAUGAGUUACAAUUCAAACCAACAGCUACCUUCUAUGUUGAAUGUUAUACCAAUGCAGAUUGGGGUGGUAAUCUUAAUGAUAGGAGGUCUACAAGAAAGAAUUCGUUCAUAUGGUUAGGUCCAACACCAAGCAUAAACAUCACGGACCCCAAAUUGAUAAGAGAAAUAAUGUCAAGGUAUGAAAUAUUUCAAAAACCCAAGAUGAGCCCACUUGGCAAGUUGGUAUUCAACGGGAUGGUGAUGUAUGAGGAUGAACAAUGGUUCAGAGUCAGAAAGACAGCCAACCCAGCUUUCCAUCUAGAAAAGUUGAAGAAUAUGUUACCUAAAAUAUAUUUGAGUUGCAAUGAGAUGAUAAGGCAAUGGAAGAGCUCAAUCGCAAAUGAAGAAUCUUGUGAAUUAGACGUAUGGCCUGACAUUAAGACUUUAACAGCAGAUGUGAUUUCUCAAACAGCAUUUGGUAGUAGUUUUGAAGACGGAAGAAAAAUAUUCGAACUCAUAACGGAACAAAUUAGCCUUUUGAAUCCAGUUUUCUACUUCUUCCACAUCCCUGGAUGGAGGUUUUUGCCCACUCAAGCCAAUAGAAAAUUGAAAAGUAAUAACAUAGAAAUUAUAGAAUUGAUAAAAGGCAUCAUAAAUAAAAGAGAAGAAGCACUGAAAGUUGGCGAAGCAGGUAGCGAUGAUUUGUUGGGUUUGUUGGUAGAAUCAAAUCAUAGAGAAAUUCAAGAGCAUGGGAAUAAAGAGACUGGAAUGAGUAUUGAAGAGGUGAUUGAGGAAUGUAAACUUUUUUAUCUUGCUGGACAAGAGACUACUGCAAGUUUGAUUGUAUGGACGAUGAUUUUGUUGUGUAUGCAUCAAACUUGGCAAGAACGAGCAAGAGAAGAAGUUUUCCAAGUUUUCGGGAGCAAAGAACCGCAAUUUGAUGAGUUAAACCGCUUGAAAGAAGUAAACAAAAUUCUCCACGAGGCACUGAGGUUAUAUCCACCAGUAGCUUUGUUUAUCCGAGCAACUAUGAAGGAGUUCAAAUUGGGGGAAAUGAAAAUACCACCUGGAGUUUUAAUUGCAUUACCAAUGAUUCUAGUUCAUCAGGAUGAACAAUAUUGGGGAGCGGAUGCAAAGGACUUCAAUCCUGAUAGAUUUUCCCAGGGUGUUUCAAAGGCAUCAAAGAAUGAUCAAGUCUCAUUCUUCCCAUUUGGUUGGGGUCCUAGAAUAUGCAUUGGACAAAACUUUGCAUUACUAGAAGCAAAACUAGCUUUAACAAUGAUUGUGCAGAAUUUCUCUUUUCAACUUUCUCCAACAUAUGUUCAUGCCCCAGCUCGUGGUGUAGCUAUACAACCACAACAUGGUGCUCACAUGAUCUUACGCAAGAUUUAGUAUUAUAUAUAGUCUGUUGGGGAGAGAGUUGUUGGUUAACUCACUUCAGUGUAUGGUUACCCAUUUUAAGUA